AUGUCUUCACCGUUUAACAACGCAAUUUCAUCAUCCUCCACUCAGUCUUUCCUACUCGCUGGCGCAGCCGCCGGAGGAAACAACUUUAACCGUGAAGAGACGGCGAUGACGAUGAUUCAACAGCCCAACUCCGUUGCUCCACCACCACCACCCAAGAAACGAAGAAACCAACCCGGAAACCCAAAUCCAGAUGCUGAAGUGAUAGCGUUAUCUCCAAAGACGAUAAUGGCGACGAACAGGUUCAUCUGUGAAGUAUGCAACAAAGGGUUUCAAAGAGAACAGAAUCUGCAGCUUCACCGGAGAGGACACAACCUUCCAUGGAAGCUGAAACAAAAGUCUAACAAAGAGGUGAGGAGGAAAGUGUAUCUUUGUCCAGAGCCCUCGUGCGUUCACCAUGACGCGUCACGUGCUCUUGGAGACCUCACCGGUAUCAAGAAGCAUUAUUACCGGAAGCACGGUGAGAAGAAGUUCAAAUGCGAGAAAUGCUCUAAGCGCUACGCUGUUCAAUCUGAUUGGAAGGCUCACUCUAAGACCUGUGGUACUAAAGAGUAUCGAUGUGACUGUGGUACCAUCUUCUCUAGAAGAGAUAGUUACAUCACGCACAGGGCAUUUUGCGAUGCAUUAAUCCAGGAGUCUGCAAGAAAUCCUACCGUGAGCUUCACGGCAAUGGCAGCAGCCGCUGGUGGCGGCGGCAGGCAUGGCUUCUACGGUGGCGCUGCUUCUGCUCUCUCUCACAACCAUUUCGGGAAUAAUGCAAAUUCCGGUUUUACCCCUCUAGCUGCUGGAGGUUACAAUCUGAACCAUUCAUCUUCCGACAAGUUUGAAGACUUCGUUCCUCAGUCCACAAACCCUGGUCCCGGUCCUACCAAUUUCCUCAUGCAAUGCUCUUCGAACCAAGGACUGUUGGCACAGAACGGUCAGAGUCUCAUGAACCAGCACAGUCUGAUCAACCAGCUCGGUGAUAACAUCAACAACAACAACAGCAACUUGUUCAGCCUCGGAUACUUUCAAGACAACUCUAAGAACUCUGAUCAGACAAAUGUUCCUUCUCUUUUCACCAAUGGUGCUGAUAACAACGAUCCUUCUGCCUUGCUAAGAGGGUUAACUUCUUCAUCGUCUUCAAGUGUGGUCGUUAAUGAUUUUGGAGAUAGUGAUAAUGGAAACCUUCAGGGUCUCAUGAACUCUCUAGCUGCAACAACAGAUCACCAAAGCCGGUCUAGUAGCAUUUACGACCUUCAUUUCGGUAACAAUCUUAGCAUGGGAGGCUCUGACAGGUUGACUUUGGACUUUCUUGGCGUCAAUGGAGGAGGGAUUGUGAGCAAUGUCAAUGGUCAUGGUGGUCGUAAUGGAGCUCCGUUGGACGCCGAGAUGAAGUUUUCCAAUCCAAAUCAUCCAUUUGGGAAAGCUUGA